GUGGAUGGAUCCUCAGGGUCGCGAAGUCUAACCGUCAGCCUCAGUGGAUGCCUGAUGCGACCAUGACAAACCGUCAAACCCGCGCCAGCAGGGUCUACCUUGUCUCUCCGCUAUCUCUACACCCUACUCGGAGUACUCGCAGCUGCUGCGGAUUCACCGCCAAGUCCCGAUAGCCGUCGUGCCCGCUGAUUAGUCGCCGCCCGGCCAAGUCUUGUUUUCUUCGGCCACUCUAUCAUCAUCAUCACCAACAAUCCAACACAAUAAUCUGAACCACUGAAUUACCACCAUCAUGGCCCUCCCCACCCCAUUGAUGCUGGAUCCUGCCAUGCUGGCCCAAUCCACCCUGGCCAAUCCCGAUGUCCCCGAUUCCGACUAUGAAUACGAGUAUCAUCCCACCGAGACCGAGGUCCGUAUCUCGUGCCACUGCGGCCACUGCCUUGAUUCUUUGUUUGUCGGUCGCUGCUGACUGCCACUAGACCGUCUAUCUGACUCUCGAUCUGACCUCUCUCCAUGGGCCCAUCCGGCCUCCCCGUCGCCGUGGUUCUUCCUCCC